AUGUUGGAUGAUGAGACCCAGCUGACGUUGAAUGCCAGCCCCACCCCACCCCAGCCCCACCAGCCCCCUGUUCCUCCCACCUGUUCCUGUUCCCAGCCCCGUACCCCCACCAGCCCUGUUCCCCACCCUGUCUGUUCCCCCCUGUUCCUGCAUCCCACUCCCACUGCCCACCCCACCCCAGCUCCACCUGUUCCCAGCUCCACCCCACCUGUGUCCCCACCCCCAGCUCCAGCCCCCACCUCAGCCCCAGCUCCAGCCCCCAGCCUGUUCACCAGCCUCCUGUUCCAGCCUCCCACCCCACCACUCAGUUCCCCACCCCAACUCCAGCCCCCAGCCUCCUCACUCCUCACCAGCCUCCACCUCAGCCCUGUCUCCCCAGCUCCACCUCUCAGCCCCACCAGCCUCAGCCCCACCUCACCCCUCCUCACCCCACCCCAGCCUCCCCAGCCCAGCCUGUGCUCAGUUCCCCCCACCCCAGAUCCCCACCCCACCAGCCCCUGUUCCCAUCCCACCCCUGCCCACCUGUUCCCACCCUGUUCCACCCCCACCCACCUCACCUGUUCUGUUCCACCCCUGCCCCCACCCACCCCUGUUCCCAGCCACCCAGCCCCACCCCUGUUCCAGCCCUGUCUGUCUGUUCCCCACUCCAGCUCCCACCCCUGUUCCUGUUCCCACCCCUGUCUGUUCCUGUUCACCUCAGCCUCCAGCUCCCAGCCUCCCUGUUCCCACCCCAGCCUCACCCCUGUCUCACCCCUGUUCCCAGCCCCAGCCCCAGCUCCCAGCCCAGCCUGUUCCACCACCUGUUCCCAGCUCCCAGCCCAGCCUCCCACCUCACCUCCCCACCAGCUCCCACCUGCCUCCCAGCCUCACCCCUCAGCCCAGCCCAGCCCCAGCCACUCACUCUGUUCAGCCCCAGCCCCAGCUCCAGCCCCAGCCCACUCUCACCCACCUGUUCCUGUUCCAGCCCACCUCUGCCCCAGCCUCAGCUCCACCCCAGCUCCCACCAGCCCCAGCUCCCACCCCACUCCCAGCCCACUCCCCACCCUGUUCCACCCCAGUUCCCCAGCCCCACUCCAGCUCCACCCCACCCCAGCUCCACCUGUUCCUCACCCUGUUCCAGCCUCUGUUCCCCACUCCAAAUGCCCCAGCUCCCACUCCCAGCCCUGUUCACCACCAGCCCCACCUCCACUCCCAGCCUCACCCUGUUCCAGCCCCUGUUCCUGCCCCCUGUUCCAGCCCCAGCCCCAGCCUCCCCCACCAGCUCCCAGUCCCCAGCCCCAGCUCCCAGCUCCUGUCCUGUUCCUCAGCUCCCACUCCACCCCAGCUCCACUCCACUCCAGCCCCAGCCUCAGCUCCCGACCCCACCCCACCCUGUUCCCAGCUCCCCACUCCACCCCCACUGUCUCCCUGCUCCCAGCCUUCCCAGCUCCCAUCCACUCACCCCUGUUCCCAGCUCACUCCCACUCCCCAGCUCCACCCCACUCCACCCCAGCCCCUGUUCCCAGCCCCAGCCCCCUGUUCUGUUCCUGUUCCCAGGCCCCAUCCUCCCACUCCCAGCCCCAUCCCCCCAGUCCCAGCUCCCAGCCUCACCUUGCUCCAGUCCCCAGCCCUCACACUCAGUCCUCCCAGCCACCAGCCCCACCUGUCCCCAGCCCCAGCUCCCAGCCCCUGUCCAGCCCCACCAGCCCCCAGUCCCCAGCUCACCACCUCAUCCACCUCCCCAGCUCCCAGCUCCCACCUCAGCUCCCAUCCUCAGCUCGCCAGCCAUCAGCUCCCAGCCUGCCCCAGUUCCACCCUGACAUUCCCAGCCUCAGCCUCAGCCUCAGCCUGUCUCAGCCUCCCCAUCCUCAGCCAUCCAGCCCCAGCACCAUUAGCCCCAGCCUCAGCUUUGUAUCCCCAGCUUAG